AUGGCCUCUUCUCCUGUCCCAGCGACCUGUAAGGUUAUCUUGGCCCAGGGAAUUGCUAAAAAGUUACUUGGAGAAGUUUCCACCGAUCUACAAAAGCUCUCUUUUAAGCCUAAGCUUGUUGGAUUACUGGCAAAUGAAGAUCCUGCAGCUCAACAGUAUGCGGACUGGUCGAUGGCUACCUGCAUUGAGAAUGGAUUCGACUUUGAGCUACGAAAGUUCACCAAGGAGGAGAUCGAAGAUGAAAUCCUAAAAGCCAACAACGACGAGUCCAUUCAUGGUAUCAUAGUAUACUACCCCAUCUUCCCUGCGCCAUCUCUCCAAGAUGGAUAUGUCCAACAAAUAGUUGCAUUAAACAAAGAUGUAGAAGGGCUGGCACACACCUACCGAUUCAACAUGUACCAAAACAUACGAUUUCUCGACGCCCCUUACAAUACCCAAAAGUCGAUUUUACCCUGCACACCAUUAGCUGUUGUCAAAGUACUCGAACACCUACAAAUUUACAACUCAGUCCUACCAUAUGGCAAUCGUUUAUACGGAAAGACAAUCACUGUAUUCAACCGCUCGGAGGUAGUUGGUCGUCCCUUGGCUGCAUUACUUGCGAAUGAUGGAGCCACGGUCUAUUCGUGUGAUCUUGAUGGGGUGAAGCUGUUUACUCGCGGAAAGGGUAUUAAAAAAAUCCGUCACGAGGUACAUGAUCUUGAAGGAAUGGAGAACGAUGAAUGCUUGUCCAAGAGUGAUGUUGUCAUUUCUGGUGUUCCAGGAGAGAGAUUCAAGAUCAAUACCGAUUUGAUCAGGGAUGGGGCUGUUUGUAUUAAUUUCUCAUCUCAAAAGAAUUUCGACGGUCCUGCUGUGAAGGAGAAGGCUUCCAUUUAUGUACCUUCAAUUGGAAAGGUCACAAUUGCCGUUCUCUUGAGAAACCUCUUGAGAUUAGUAGAUAACCAAGGCAAGGGCGCCGCCAAGCCAGUGGAGAAUCUGAGUUGA